AUGACGGAUAUCCUGUCAUCACAUAUUGGAUGGUCACGCAGUCCUAUCCCAAAUGUGUCUCAACAGCAACAUCAAUCGCAGCAGCAAGAACAAGCCUUCCAAAAAAACACACGUCGCGCUUUACCUAAAUUAAAAAAUGAUCUGUCACCACAAGCAACACCGCGUAAAGUCACUCUCUUCCGCAAUGGCGAUCGGUAUUUCCCUGGCAAGCAAACGGCGAUCAUUCCACAGAACUAUUCCAAUCUUGGACAACUAUUACAAGAACUAUCCACAACAAUCGAUUUGCCUUAUGGUGUACGACGCUUAUUUACACCUAAUCAAGGAUCAGAAGUAACAGAUGUUACUAUUAUUAAAGAUGGUGCUUCGUAUGUCUGUGCUUCAUUCGAACCGUUUCAACGAAUUGAUUAUGCUACAAUAUCCGUGCCACGUUUGACAUUCAAUAUCGAGCAACUUCGGCAUCCAACGCACGAGGUACAACCGUCGCAUCGACUGAAUAUACGUCAUCUACCGACAUUACCGAACGCUAAACCUGCUCCUCUGAGUACGUCUCCGACGAACUCAAAUGUGAACUCAACAGUGAAUCGCUUUCCAGCAAAUAAUCUUCUACAAUCGAUCAGUCCUUCGAUAACUAAUUCCAAUCAACAAACACAGAAGAAAAUUCUUUUCAAAUCAACUAGAUAUUCAUACGAUGGUACACAAAACAAAUCACGUCAAAUCACAAUUGUCAAACAAGGAAGCGAAAAGCCGCAUAAAUCCAUUACUAUUUUCGUUAGUCGCCGAACCGUUCAAAGUUACGAACAACUCCUAUCGGAUGUAUCCGAAUCGUUUGGUUAUCAAAAGAAUCGAGCCGAUAAAAUCAGACGAUUAUUCACUCUCAAAGGUAAACAAGUGAAUGGUAUUAAUGAUAUUUUUCGUGAAGAUGAUGUUUUCGUUGCAUCAACCAAUUCCGCUGAUCUUUCAUUGACGGAUUUGCAAGAAAUUAGCGUAGAAAUAAUGAAUGAUCCUCAACGUUCAACAUCACGUAAUGCUGGUGUUAGUAGAAAUCAUUUUAAACAAAAUUUGCAACCACUUCGCGAUCGUGAAACACCGAACACACAAAUAGGUGUCACGACAAACGAGAGUAAAAAAGUGAUUAGUAUACGUGACAGUGGUUUCCUCGACGAUGAAGAUGGACUAUCAGGUAGAGAUAGCGAGCUGACAACAUCACGUAAAACACCAUCACGGCCUGUAAAUGCAACGAGCAAACAACAUGAACUUGUUUCCGAAGACGCACCAACCCCUAAUGAUCUUAUUGGACGCAGACAGAAAAGAACGACACUUAAACCAGCAGACACUAAGAUAAUUGAUCAACAACGUGAGCGUGAACGUCAACGUUUAAAAGAAGACGAUGAUGAACGUCGAAAGAAACUGGUAACUCGAAAAGAUCAGCCAGCAACACAGAAAUUCGAACCAUUAGCAGUCGACAUGAACAAUGAUGAUGUUCGUGGUCAUAAAUCGAAGACACCGAUAGCAGGUACCAGUGCAUUUUCUCCGAAUUUUCCUUCAAACAAUGGUGCUAUAACCAAAGUGUCCAACAAUAAACCCACUUCUAUAACGUCAUCAACUCGUGUCAAUCAUCAUGAUGAGAAUAAUCCAAUUACUACAGACGUAAACGCUGCCGGAGCGUCAGCAGAGACUAUUCCGAAAAAAACUGUACUAAAGAAACGUUCAUCUGUCUUACAUACGUCAUCCACUGUUGUCACAGAUCGAUAUGAACUUGGAAAAAAGAUGGGCGACGGGAACUUUGCUGUUGUUCACAGAUCGAAAUUACGCGGUAGUGAUCGUGAGUACGCGAUUAAAAUUGUCGAUAAAUCCAAAAUGAAAGGAAAAGAAUAUAUGUUGGAUCAUGAAAUCAAUAUUAUGUACAUGUGUAAUCAUCCGAAUAUCAUUCGAUUAUUCGAAGAUUAUGAAACACCGGAUGAAAUAUACCUCGUGAUGGAACUGAUUAAAGGUGGAGAUCUAUGUUGGUGA